AUGGCGCUCUCGAAUCAAUCUACCUACAAGCUCCCCACUGGCCAUGCCAUUCCCGCUAUUGGCCUCGGAGUGUGGGACUCCCCCUCCAAUGUUACCGUCAAAACUUGCCUGGAGGCGUUGAAACGCGGGUAUCGCUUGAUUGACACCGCCGAAGGCUACCACAACGAAACCGAAGUAGGAGAGGCUCUCAAGCAAAGCGGACUGCCGCGGGACCAGGUCUUCAUCACCACCAAAAUCUACGAGCCCGGCGAAGACGCCGAAGCAACUCGCCAAAAGCUGCUGAAUGGCAUCAACAAGUCCGGCGGCGAAGGCGGCUACGUCGACUUGCUGCUCAUUCACAAUGCCGAUGUUGGCGCCCGCGCCCGCAAAUUGAUAUGGCAGCAGCUCGAGGCCUUGCACAAAGAAGGCCGCAUCAAGAGUAUUGGCGUGAGCAAUUUCGGCAUUCAGCAUUUGGAGCAGCUCAAAGAGUACGCCACCGUCUGGCCCCCGGCUAUCAACCAGCUCGAGCUCCAUCCGUGGUUACAGCAGCGUGAAGUCGUCGAUUGGUGCAAGCAGAACGGCAUCGUACUCGAAGCCUACUGCCCCUUGGUGAGGAAUCAAAAGGCCAACGAUGAGGUGCUCAACUCCAUCGCCAAGCAACACGACAAGACCACUGCGCAGAUCCUCAUACGCUAUUGUCUGCAAAAGGGAUGGAUCCCGCUGCCGAAAAGCGACAACCCCAAACGAAUCCAGCAAAAUUUUGACGUCUUUGGUUGGGAGAUUGAUGCGGCGGCGAUGAAGAAAUUGGAUGCAAUGCCGCAAGAAGCGGCGUUGUGUUACGAAGUCGACAACAAGGAUCGAUCGUAG